UGCAGCGCAUGCUCUCCUGAUGCUGCAGAUUGAGGAGCUGUUUUUAAAAAGAUCGACGACAGGACGAGGAGGAUGUGGACGCAGUUUCCUUCAGCUCAGACCUGGGAUGAUCUAGGACCCUGGUUUCUGCUGAUAAAGAGGACAACGCAGGAGAUGGAGCAGAGCGAGUGCACUGAGGAUCGGAUCCAGCACAUUCUGGAGAGAUGCCUGUCUGACCUCGGCCUCGACAAACAACUCUGGAACGCCGGGCUGUGUAUCAACAACUGGUGUUUGGAGGAACUUGUGAAGAGAGAUCCCCGCAACUUCCUCAUCCUGCUGCAGAAAAUACUGCAAAAAACAAAACAGGUGAUAGAGAAGUGUCAGUAUGAAGUGGUGGUUCCUCUCUCUCUGCUCUUCUCCUCCAGCCUCCUCAAAGCUCCGUACGUGUCUGCAGACUGCGGCGUGCUGCAGGAGGCCUACCUGCUGUUCCACAGUUUUCUGGCUUGGCCUGAGCCGUGCUGCUCUGCAGCUAAACGCCUGUUAAACAUCAUCCAACAGGAGCUCAGAGCACCAGGUAUUUCCUUCCAGAGACUGAUUAGAACAGAGCAGGGUCUCUCUGGGGAGAUCAACAGCUCUAAAACCAUAACGCUGCUGUUAGUGAGCCCAGAGGAUGACCUUCCUCAGGAGGUUCAGUCCGUCUCUGAGCGCCUGAGCAGGACCAAAAACUCCAGCAGAGACGUCUCCGUCCUCCUCAUCCUCCAGGGCUGUCAGGCUGCUCUGGGCCCCACACUCGACCUGCAGGCCCUCUACAACGUCCUGCAGACAAAACAGACAGAGGAGCUGGAGCAGCUGAUGGAGGCGGUGACUGACAGCAUGGAGAGAGCAGCUUCUACAGCUGAUCUCAGCACAGCGAGGAAAAGUUUACAGCUAAGCAUGGAGAGGAUCGUAGAGAGCCUGUCUGUUCCUGCUGAUGGCUGCACUCAGACCGGAUCUGUGGAGACGUUCACACUGCCCUUACCUAAAUGUCACACCUGCUACUGGGAGAGCGACAACUUUGAUAUCCUGAAUCACGUCCUCUCCAUCGAGUCCGACCUGGACUCGCUGCCCGACUGCUUCAUUAAAACAGAGUACGAGGAGGAUUUCAACGACACCAGUGUGGACGAAGAAGACGAACUAGAGGCGAACAGAAUCGAGCAGGAGUUUCUAAACAACCGUAAUUCCUCUGUGUCCUUGUCCCCCAGAGACUCCGGUAACUUCCUGUCCUCCAGCUGGUCUGUCUUCUCCACGCCAUCCGGCUCGUCAGGCGUGGAGAGCGACUUCAGCGAAGACACGACACAAGACGAGAGACGAGACAACCAGCCAAAGCUCAGGAAGAAACCCAAGAAGAAAUCCAGAUCUCUCUUAGGUGUGGAUCGUAUCUCCUCGCUCUUCAGGACGCCCCGCAGCCCAAACAUCUGCCGCCGCGCUCAGAGUAUGGGUUACCGCGGUGACUUCACAAAAGACAUUCAAAGAAAUGGACCACAGCUAAUGGACCCGACAAGAAAAGCCCAUCUGCAGUUGUCAAAGACUCCCUCUAAUGAUCUUUUUCCUCAGAAACAUGUCUGCAUACGCAGGAGGCCAAUCCUGAGCUGUGAUGAAGGCGACGUGGUCGACGUGCCCACGCUGGUCAAAGUGGUUGUGUUUGGAGGGGACAGGGAAGCUGGGAGGCUGGCGAGGGCAUACAGCGACCUGCAGCAGAGAGAGAGGAAAUGUCCCAGACUCACAAAGACAUGCAAACUGCAGUUUUACUUCAUUCCUAUCAGGAGAAGAACGACAGGAGGAAGCACGACGAGUGACGGACAGACGAGUUCAAACAAAAAUGCUGUGGAGUGUAACGGCAGUGUUCAGGAGGACAGUACGACUGAUAUCGCUCAGCUGAUGGGUCGAAUCGACCCGUGGUACGAGAGGAACGUCCUCAGCCUGCUCAGUCUGUCCUCUGAUGUCCUCUGUCAGACUGCCUGUAAAGAAGGAGAGCAGACAGUGAACGGGGGCAGCACAGACAGGCUCCCCCUGCUGGCAGACCUGCUGAUUUAUUACUGCAGACAUGCAGAGCAGCCGGUGCUGCUGCAGCUCUACCAGGCUGAGCUGACUCUGGCUGGAGGAGAGAGGAGGAGGGAGGUGUUCGUUCACUCUCUGGAGCUCGGACACUCUGCAGGGACUCGAGCUGUUAAAGCCAUGGGUGCUGCCAGCAAAAGAUUUGGAAUAGAUGGAGAGAGGGAGGCUGUGCCUUUAACACUAAACAUCGCCUACAACAAGGUUGCUGUAAGUGGGCGGAGUCAGUGGAUCCAGACAGAGAUGGUUUGCACGUCCAUAAAUCUUCACAAAGCCUGCAGGAAACCCGAGCUGAUCGAUUCCAGAUCAGAAAGUUUACAGCUGACGAUGACUGAAGUCCUGAAGAGGCAGAGCUCCAAGUCUAAGAAGGGCUACAACCAGCACAUCUCCGUCUCUGAGGUGAAGGUGGAUAAAGUUCAGGUGAUCAGUGGAGACGAUGGAACGACCUUCGCUGUGUGUUUGGACCAGGAUGAGAAGAAGUUCAUCCAGAGUGUCACCAGGUGUGAGGUGUCUCUGUGCUGUAAACCAGGACAAGGAUCAGAUUGGAGAUCCUUCAAACCGUCACCAGGACAAGUUCAGCCUCUACACCCGUCCUACUGCUCCCUGCUCUGCCUCCCCAUCACCUCCUUCUCCUCGUUCACCUGACACUCGUUCUACUGCUGAACUUAGCCAGAAAUAUUAAAUAAAUAAAUAACUGAUGGAUGUGGACUCACUGAUGAUCCUGAUACAGCUGGCCAUCGUAGACUCAACAUUAGUCUGCUGAUAAAUCUGAUUACUUGAUUACGACUGUGUACGAUCUCUUCUGUUAAAAGUGUCUAAAAAUUUAAGCUAUUUAUUUUAAAGAAGCUGUAAUAAAACUUUUUAAAAUAUAUUUUAUGAAGUAAAUAUAAUCAUUUUAUAUUGUAUGUCACACAUUUGAAAUAAAA